AUAGUUGCAAGGAGUAAGACGAAGGCACCGAAUCUAGUAGUGGUGAGCGUCAGUUUGUUAAAGUUGCGUCUGGAGCAAUAAUCUAGCACAUUUACAAAUAAUAAUGGCGGAUAACGAUGAUCUCUUGGACUAUGAGGAUGAAGAACAAACUGAACAAGUAGUUGAUGGAAGCGGAGAUAUACCUGCUAAAAAAGAAGUCAAGGGCACAUAUGUAUCUAUUCACAGUAGUGGAUUUAGGGAUUUUCUUCUUAAACCUGAAAUAUUACGUGCUAUUGUUGAUUGUGGCUUUGAGCACCCAUCUGAAGUACAACAUGAAUGUAUUCCUCAAGCAGUGCUUGGCAUGGAUAUAUUAUGUCAAGCAAAAUCUGGCAUGGGAAAGACAGCUGUAUUUGUAUUAGCAACACUGCAACAAUUAGAAUUAACUGAAAACCAAGUUUAUGUUCUUGUUAUGUGUCACACACGAGAACUUGCUUUUCAAAUUAGCAAAGAAUAUGAAAGAUUUAGCAAAUAUAUGCCUCAUGUGAAAGUUGGAGUAUUUUUUGGUGGUUUACCAAUUCAAAAAGAUGAAGAAGUCUUGAAGAACACAUGUCCUCAUAUAGUUGUUGGUACACCAGGUCGUAUCCUUGCUCUUGUACGAAAUAAAAAAUUAAACCUGAAGCACUUAAAACACUUUAUACUCGAUGAAUGUGAUAAAAUGCUCGAGCUACUAGACAUGCGUAGGGACGUACAGGAAAUAUUUAGAAGCACUCCACACGGCAAACAAGUCAUGAUGUUCAGCGCUACAUUGUCCAAGGAGAUACGUCCUGUCUGCAAAAAAUUUAUGCAAGAUCCCAUGGAAGUCUAUGUGGAUGAUGAAGCGAAGCUCACAUUGCAUGGUCUACAACAACAUUAUGUGAAACUUAAAGAAAAUGAAAAGAACAAGAAACUAUUUGAAUUACUUGAUGUACUUGAAUUCAACCAGGUUGUUAUCUUUGUAAAAUCUGUACAAAGGUGUAUGGCUUUGGCACAACUUCUAACAGAACAAAACUUCCCUGCCAUUGGUAUACACAGAGGUAUGACUCAAGAAGAACGGUUAUCAAGAUAUCAACAAUUUAAAGACUUCCAAAAGCGAAUUCUUGUAGCUACAAAUUUAUUUGGACGUGGUAUGGAUAUUGAACGUGUAAACAUAGUUUUUAAUUACGAUAUGCCAGAAGAUUCAGACACAUACCUACAUCGAGUAGCCAGAGCCGGUCGUUUUGGUACUAAGGGUCUGGCUAUAACGUUAGUCAGUGACGAAAGCGACGCUAAGAUAUUGAAUGAUGUUCAAGAGCGAUUUGAUGUUAAUAUUACAGAAUUACCAGACGAAAUAGAUUUAGCUUCAUACAGUACAUGA